AGAAGAAGAAGAAGAAGAAGAAGAAGAAGAAGAAGAGAUAAGAGUUCGCUGCUUUUUGACCACAAUUUUGGUCUGUUUGUGAAAAAAAAGAAAAGAAAAGAAAAACUUUUUAUUUGGAACAAACCAGAGAAAACAAAGAUGAGUCACGUCGACGUGAAAAACAUGAAGCCAACAAGCUUUGAAGACGAGUACUACGACCAGUAUGAAUAUUACAACUUAACCGAUAAAUACGCAGAAGGCUCAGCCCGUAAAGGCAGGACAAAGAAGGAGGCCAGCGACAACACCAACAGACCCAACCCUGGAGGACAUGAGCGGAAAAUAGUGGAGAAACUCCAGAACAGCGAGAAGAAAGACAAGGAGUGAAUAAUGAGGGCGACUCGGACGACUUACCCCGGAAACCGACCAUGGCCUCCUUGGCGACAAAAUGAGAUGUACAGAAUGGCAGGAGUGUCCCCGAUCUCCUUAAGGCAAGGUUUAACCUGGGCGUGAGGAGGAGCCCACGGAUUCAGAUGUUCCAGCUGAGUUCUUCUGUGUGGCAGCAGACUGCGGCUCCACCGCCUGAAGGUGUUGCAAAGCACUCACCAGUAGCGUGGUGUACGGGAUGGGUCCAGGUUUGGACCACGAUGUUGCACAUGUGAUUGUGGUGUUGGUGACAGUUGGGUGAUUUUGAUGUUUUUCAAAGUAUUUUAAAAAUGUUUUUUACCAUUAAAACUUUCUUUUAAAU